CCCUUAGUCCAGAGCCCAGGGAAAAGCUGAGGAGAAGCCAGGGACCUCGCUGGGCUGGGCAGGCCACCCCCGUCCCAGUGCCCUCAGAGACACCUAGACUCAUGUGGACCCGGCCGUGGCCCCUUCUGGGCAGCGCUGUCCAGGCUGGCCCUGCCCUCUGACCUGGGGCCACAGGGGCUGGCCACCGUGGGCUCGGUCCCCCGCCACCCCAAUUCACCUGCACCCCAAGGAAAGAGAAUGCGGAGUUGCAGCGCCCCAGGACCCACGAACCCCCAAACACCAGGGCAGCACAUACUUCCAGUCCCAGGGUCAGAGCAGAGCGGGGCCAGGCCCAGCCCAGUGACACAGGGCAGACGGAAGGGCACCCUCCAAAACAGAAGAGCACAGGAGCUGCCGCGGCCGGGACAAACCAACCUCAGGCUGACCUAGGCCGGUAAUGGGUUUAACGCAUUGGGUGCAAAAGAGAAACACUCCACAAAUCAGGGAGAGAAGGGAAGCUGCCCACCCCACGGGAGGAGGCUGAGGAGUGAAUGCUGGGGCCGGGCAGGGCCGGUCCUCACAGCACUGUGGAGACCAGACCAAGGGCGACUGUCAUCACCACGAGAAGGCCCUGUCCACAACAGAACCCAACCUCACCACACCGACUGCACCAGAGAUGCCCACGAGGAGAGCCGGCCUCCGAAAACGUGGCUGAGCCGUCACAGGCCACCGUCAGCAAAGGCAAGGACCCAGAUUAUGCAAAGGGAGGCGCGGCUGCCAUGGACUCCAGGGCCUCAGACGCCAUCAACAAAAGAGUGGACACAUUUGCAUCAAAUCCAUCACAAAGACGGCCUUCGAGACUCUGGGGGAAGCAGGGUCAGGCACUCCACCCCGGUCUGGGGUGCCUUUUCCCCUCACAGCGUGGGAGCCGCCGGGUGAUGUCCCGCCCUGGUUUCCCUCCACCGGAAGGCAGUCACCUCGGUCGCCGGCUCCUGCCUCUGUGAUGCUCCCCACGAGGGCUGCAGAGUGGAGGGCACUGCGGGGUUCGGCCUCACUCCCCAUGGAGCCCCAGGCGAGAGCUUGGUCCCGGGGAGCUGCCCAGGUCUUUGCCAUCCCCUGGCCUCCAUCCAGUCCCUCACGACUCGGCUCCUGGCCCUGCGCACCGGGCGAUGCCUGCCAGGCACGUACCCCUCAGAGUCAGGCCUGUAUUCACCCCAGCUUUUAUUAAGGGCCUUCAGGGAUUGGGUUUUUUAAAUCAUCGUCAAAUAUACUGUUAACAAAAGGAUAUGUACACUUUGGGAGGCCGAGGUGGGUGGAUCACUUGAGGUCAGGAGUUUGAGACCAUCCUGGCCAACAUGGU